AUGUUGCCUGUUCUAGUGCUGCUAUGCAUUGAGAUGUCAAUGGCUGAAAGUCCAUUUUGUCAGCUAUAUGGGACUCCUAGGUUUCCCCAGUUUUCAAAAGAUGGCCAUGUAAUAAUUGGAGCUAUAUUUUCAAUUCAUGACACUAUAAAUAGUAUGAAGCUAAAUUUUCAAGCAAAACCAGAUCAUGUGGAAUGCCAGAGUUUAAAUUUUAGAGAACUGAGAUUUGCUCAGACUAUGAGAUUUGCUGUAGAGGAAAUAAACAAUCGAACAGAUCUACUACCUGGGGUGGAGCUUGGGUAUAAAAUCUACGAUUCUUGUGGCUCUGUGCCCAUGGCUCUAAAGGCUGCCUUAGAUUUUGCAAGUGGGCCAUUUCCAUCCAACUACAACCAAUCAUGCCUCUCACCAUACUUUGCCUCAGGAAUAAUAGGCGAGACGGCCUCAUCCACCACUGUAGCUGUUGCAUCAACUGUUGGACCUCUCCAAAUUGCUCUGGUAAGUCAUUGUGCAUCUUGUGCUUGUCUAAGCAACAGAAAAGAAUUUCCUUCAUUUUUCAGAACAAUACCAAGUGAUGCUUUUCAGGCUACAGCACUUGUUCAGCUUGUAAAGUAUUUUGGAUGGACGUGGAUUGGGGCUGUUAGAAGUGAUAAUGAUUAUGGAAAUUAUGGAAUGUCAAGCUUUAUAAUGCAAGCCCAGCAGGAGGGCAUUUGCAUUGAAUACGCUGAGUCAUUUUACAGAACAGACACAAAAGAGAAACUUUUAAAUGUUGUGGACACAAUUAAGAAAUCGACUUCAAAAGUCAUUGCAGCAUUUAUGGCCACUGCUGAUAUAAUAUUUCUAUUUAAAGAGUUAACUGCACAAAACAUAACUGGAUUUCAAUGGAUUGGCACCGAAGCUUGGGUUACUGAUCCAAUAUUAGUCUCGUCCAAUGAAUUCAGCUUUUUAAAAGGAACCAUAGGAAUUGGACUUGAAAAAUCAGUGAUUUCAGGAUUGGAAGAUUUUUUAUAUGAUAUUUCUCCAAAUGAGAUAAACAGCAGUUCUGUUAUGAAAGAAUUCUGGGAAUCAGUGUUUGAAUGUAGAUUUCCUGGUAAUUCAAAAACUACUAACCAAACAACAUGCACAGGAUUUGAAAGUCUGAGAAGACGUAAACAUAGUUAUAAUGAUGUUAGCAAAACAAGAAUUUUAAGGAAUGUUUAUAAGGCCGUGUAUGCCAUUAGUAAAUCUUUGCAUACUUUACUCACUUGCAAGAAAUCAGAGGAGGACUGUGAAAAAAAGAUGAACAUUUAUCCAUGGCAGGUGGUACAGCAGCUAAAUGCUAUCAACAUUACACUUAAAAAUGGAUUAAAUGUUGUUUUUGAUAACAAUGGAGAUUCUGUUGCAUUUUAUGAAAUAAUAAAUUGGCAACUUACUGAGGAAGGAAAUGCUAAACUUGUAACUGCUGGUUAUUAUGAUUCUCAUGCACCAGCUGGACAAAAAUUUAACAUAGAAAACAGAAGCAUUAUAUGGGCAAAUGGAGAUUAUACAGUUCCAACAUCUGCAUGCAGUGAGACUUGCACACCUGGUACCAGAAAAGCAUUAAAGAAGGGAAAACCGGCUUGCUGUUUUGACUGCAUCCCAUGUACUAGGGGAAGGAUCAGCAAUAAAACAGAUUCCAUUGACUGCAUGCUGUGCCCUUCUCAGUACUGGCCAAAUAAACAAAGAAAUCAAUGCCUGCCCAAAGAAAUUGAAUUUCUUUCAUAUGAUGAAAAUUUGGGACUAGUGCUAGUGUUAUUUUCUCUUUGUGGAGCUACUCUUACGGUGGCUAUUUUAGUAGUCUUUUUCCAUCACAGACGUACCCCAAUAGUCAAAGCAAAUAAUUCAGGACUGAGCUUCCUUCUUCUUUUUUCAUUAACUCUCUGCUUUCUUUCCUCAAUCUCAUUUGUUGGCAAACCAUCUCAGUGGUCAUGCAUGUUUCGUCACACAGUUUUUGGCAUCACGUUUGUCCUCUGUAUUUCAAGUGUACUGGGCAAGACGAUUGUUGUCCUAAUGGCCUUUAAAGCUACAGUACCUGGUAAUAAUACUUUGAAAUGGUUUGGUCCCAAACACCAACAGUUAGGAGUGGCUGCAUGUACAUUAAUUCAGGCUAUAAUAUGUGUACUUUGGCUGAUAACAUCCCCCCCUUAUCCAUACCAAAACAUGAAAUAUUACAAUGACAUUAUCAUUUUGGAAUGUGCCCUUGGAUCAUCAGCUGCAUUUUUCAGUGUUUUGGGUUACAUUGGACUUCUUUCCUUUGUGUGUUUUAUUUUUGCUUUUCUUGCUCGCCACCUACCUGACAACUUCAGUGAAGCUAAAUACAUUACGUUCAGCAUGCUGAUAUUCUGCACAGUGUGGCUCACAUUUAUUCCUGCUUAUAUCAGUACGCCUGGGAAAUACACAGUAGCAGUGGAAAUAUUUGCUAUUUUAUCUUCCAGUUUUGGCUUGCUUUUCUGCAUUUUUGCUCCAAAAUGUUAUAUCAUAUUAUUAUAUCCUGAAAGAAAUACAAAAAAACACAUGAUGGCAGUAUUGUCAGUGGCUUCUCUAACUAAAGCUGAAGAUGGUGCCUGCAGACUUCUUGGCCCACUUGCCACCUCUCCAUAUUUUCAGCCUGGAGAUAUUGUAAUCGGUGCAAUCUUUUCAAUCCACAAUUCUGUUGGUGGUGUGAAUCCCAGCUUCACAGCAAGGCCAGACCCGUUGGUGUGCAAAAGUUUAAAUUAUAGAGAAUUGCAGUAUGCUCAGAUAGUGGCCUUUGCUGUGGAUGAAAUAAAUACAAACUAUGACAUUCUUCCUGGGUUUAAAGUGGGAUACAAAGUUUAUGAUUCCUGUGGCUCGGGGCCUCUAGCUUUAAUGGCAGCUCUGGACUUCACAAAUGGACAGGACAUGGAAUUCUCUACAAAUUCCUCUUGUCCCACACAGCACUUUGUCUCAGCAAUAAUAGGGGAGAGUACAUCCACAUCAUCUCUAGCACUUGCAUCAACAUUUGCCCCUUUUCGGAUUCCUCUGAUAAGUCAUUGUGCCACCUGUGACUGUCUAAGAAAUAGACAUGAAUUUCCUUCAUUUUUUAGAACUAUACCAAGUGACUCUUUCCAGACCACUGCACUAGUUAAGCUUGUUAAAUUUUUUGGCUGGUCAUGGAUUGGGACAGUUCACAGUGACAAUGACUAUGGAAACACUGGGAUGUCAGAAUUCAUAACAAAGGCACAGAAAGAAGGCAUUUGCAUUGAAUAUUCAGUGAGUCUUUACAGGUCUGAUUCAAGAGAAAUAAUACAGAAAAUCAUUGACACAAUAAAAUUGUCAACUUCUAAAGUUGUGCUAAUUUUCAUGACUACAGCUGAUGCUAUGAUUCUGUUAAAAGAACUUUAUACACAAAAUGUUACUGGCAUUCAGUUUGUAGGAUCUGAAGCCUGGGUCACUGAUCCCAUACUAGUCUCAAAUGAACAAUAUAGAUUUCUGACUGGUGCAAUUGGUAUUGGGAUACCAAAAAAAGUUAUUCCAGGAUUUGAAGAAUAUCUGUAUAAUAUUAAUAUACACAAGAUUUAUACAAGUCCUCUUAUGAUGGAGUUUUGGGAGGAAGUAUUUAAUUGUACUUUCCGUAAGAAGACAGGCAUAAAUGAAAAGAUAUGUACAGGCUUAGAAAAUUUGCGCAGCAUCAGUCACCCCUACACUGAUGUUUCUAAUUUGAGGGUCGCUUAUAAUGUUUACAAGGCUGUAUACCUUGCAGUUCAUGCAAUGAAUAAUUUGCUGCCAUGUGGAAAAGGACUUGAAUAUUUGUAUCGAACAGACUGUGUGAAAACCAUCAAUAUUCAGCCUUGGCAGGUUGCCGAUCAAUUAAAAUCAAUAAACUUUACAUUUAAAACUGGAGAAGAUGUAUAUUUUAAUGAAAAUAUGACAGCUGAAGCCAGGUAUGAUGUAGUAAACUGGCAGAUGAAAGAAAAUGGAAAGGUAGGAAUUGUUACAAUAGGAUAUUAUGACACAGCUGCACCAAAUGGAAGUACAUUUUGGAUCAAUAAUACAAGAAUCACGUGGGCAGAUGGCCAGAGCAAUAUGAUUCCCAAAUCUGUAUGCAGUGACAGCUGCACGGUUGGUAAUCGGAAAGCAUUUAGGAAAGGAAGACCAGUGUGCUGUUUUGACUGUCUCCCAUGUACAACUGGAAAAAUCAGCAAUACUACAGGUGUCAGAUAA